UUAGGCGCAAACUCAAAAUACACUCAGCUGAACUUCGCUGUCUUGACCACACGGGAGUUGAUGUUACUAACUGCUUCCUGCAGCAUCACAAAUGUUGAAACGUCCGUCUCUAAUGUUGCACCACAUCCUACACUGUUUGCGCUGCGCACAGACUGCGCCGCUGGCGGCGGUGCGUUUGCACACGGCGCAAAUAAUGUUGGUCACAAGGCUGGUGCAAACAUUCAGCUGUUAGCAGCCCGGCUGCUUCCAGAAGCUCCCGCAGCUCCUGGGUGGAAGCAGGUUGAACAGGACAUUUGACAGUAGAUUUAAAAAAAAAAAAUCUAUUUUUUAGUUAGUGGUUCCUCUUAGUGACGCAGUUUUACGUUGAACUCCUCCAUUUUAACAUUAUUUUUUGACCCUUUGUGAGUUUUUUUUUUAUUUAAGCACUGUUCAUCCAUUUCAUCAGUCAUGUCCAAAAGAAAGAAUCCGGAAAAACUUCCACUGGUGACAGAUGUGAGCAGCACUUACUCCUCCGGCCACAGUGUGACCCACCCGGUGGAGAGUAAAGGUGAUGUCAAACACUGCCAUGACAACAGUCAUGCUCAGGCCGACCGUGAGCAGGAGAAGAAGAUUGCCAGGAAGAGGCUGUGUGUGGUUUCUGUCGUCUGUGUGGUUUUCAUGGUCGGAGAAAUACUCGGUGGGUAUUUCGCGGGCAGCCUUGCGGUAAUGACAGACGCCGCCCACCUACUGGUGGACUUCACCAGCUUCAUCAUCAGCCUCCUGUCCCUGUGGCUCUCCUCCAGACCCGCUACACACAAGCUCAGCUACGGCUGGCACCGAGCAGAGAUCCUGGGGGCCCUGCUGUCAAUCUUCACCAUUUGGUUGGUAACCGGGGUGUUGGUGUACCUGGCUGUCGAGCGCAUCAUCAGCGACGACUACACCAUCGACGGCACCAUCAUGCUGAUAACGUCCGGCUGUGCCGUACUGGUCAAUAUCAUCAUGGCCUUCACCCUGCACCAGUCAGGUCACGGCCACAGUCAUGGCGGCUCCAGCCACGGUCACAGCCACGGUCACAGCAGCAAAGGUCAAAAUGAGGCCAUUAACAACCACCUGGAUGCGGAGCACAACGCAGGAAAUCAUGGACGAACGACUCAUCAGGCCAACGCCAGCGUGAGAGCCGCCUUUGUUCACGUGGUGGGAGAUCUUCUCCAGAGCCUCAGCGUUGUCGUCAGUGCCAUCAUCAUCUUCUUCAAGCCUGAAUAUAAGAUAGCCGACCCCAUCUGCACCUUCCUCUUCUCCAUAUUGGUGCUCUGCACCACCUUCACCAUCAUGAGAGACAUCGUCAUCGUCCUGAUGGAAGGUGAGGCCAACGCCAGCGUGAGAGCCGCCUUUGUUCACGUGGUGGGAGAUCUUCUCCAGAGCCUCAGCGUUGUCGUCAGUGCCAUCAUCAUCUUCUUCAAGCCUGAAUAUAAGAUAGCCGACCCCAUCUGCACCUUCCUCUUCUCCAUAUUGGUGCUCUGCACCACCUUCACCAUCAUGAGAGACAUCGUCAUCGUCCUGAUGGAAGGUGCUCCAGCAGGGGUGAGCUACGGCGAGGUGCGAGAAGGUCUGUUAGCAGUGAAGGGGGUCACAGCGGUCCACAACCUUCACAUAUGGGCCCUCACUAUGAACCAGGCUGUCAUGACAGCACACGUUGCCAUAGACGAAUCAGCGGACGCUCAGACUGUGCUCAGUGAAAUGACGCAGACUUGUUACUCCACCUUCAACUUCCACUCUGUGACCAUCCAGAUGGAGAGACAGGCCGACCUGAAACCUGGAUGUACCCUGUGUGAGGACCCCAGGAAGUAGGAUCUGCCUCUGAAGUAGUACUAGUAAUAAUAGUAGAAUAUUGCAAAAAUAAUUGCACAUUUAUACUGUUGUUUUGACAAUCGCAUGAUUUUUAAAAUUUAAAUUUACAACGGAUAUGCAACAUGUAUGGACCCAGUAAAUCGUAACACUCUCUUCUCUGCUCCCAUGUUAAGGUUUUUUUUUUUUUACAUGUACUUGUUUUCAUUUUUAUAUAUACAGUGUAUACUGUAUAAAAACAGAAAGUUACUCUGCAGUGUUUACCUUGUGCACAUCCAGGACGGUUCUAACAGUAUUGAUUGUUUUAGAUAUUAAACCAAACCAAACCAGAACAGCAACACAUCCUUCACAAAGCUUUUAUAUGUAAAUAAAGACGGGGAAUAAUUAUUCCUCUGUACGGACUGUGACAAAAUGAAUGUACCUGUGGUCAGAUGUGGGAUCGGAAAUAUAUUAUUCAAUAAAGAAAAAAGUAUGUUUAUCUCCAUGUCCAUUCAAGUCUGUUCCACAGGUCA